AUGGCGCCGAAACCAAAGUAUUCCAAAACACAAUCGUUUGAUGAAACUAUUAGCACAAUACUUCCAUCAUACUCCAUGUACACGUCUACAAUCGGAAUGAAUAUUAACGUUCCUGAAGACAAUGAUGAUGACUUACCACCACCUCACUACCAAUGCAACAACUCCGAAUGGUCGGCGAGUUCAGAAAGCACAAAUGUACACGAGAUAGGCUCCUCAGCCGCGUCAACUACCCCAACAUCUCUUGAAGAAGCACAAAGCAGACGUGUUGACAGUGACAGCUCGACCACAACUGUUGAUAAUAUCCCAUUGAUUGUUGCUGAUGAGAAUGCCAACUUGAUGGAGACUAUUUUGGACAAUGUACAUCGAUUGCCAAAUAUGACAUUUGAAAAGCAAGAGAUUUCCAAAGCCGUGGAACUCAAAGUGUUUUACACAAAAGAUAUAGGUGAGGUGGGCAAAUCACCAGAGUUGAUCGAUCCUUCUAUAUAUGAAUAUAAGCAAGGGAAUCUCUUGAAUGGUUACAUCAUUAUCAAGAACACUUCCAACAGACCUAUUCCUUUUGAUAUGUUUUACUUGUUAUUUGAAGGAAACUUUAUGGUUGCCAAUGAACGUAUGCCCAAUGAAUUAGAGCCAGUUAAAAUUCGUCGUUUUUUGGAGAUGUUUGAUUUUUAUGGCAGUUGGAACGAAGCCCAUAUUAACAGGUUGGUCACCGAAACUGCUAGUCCAUAUUUAUGUGAGUAUGGUAAUACUGUUGAUCCACUUGAUGGGACAUAUUUAUAUUUUGGUCCAAAGAAAGAAAUCUUGCCAAAUCGAGUGUACAAAAGAUUCUUUUCAUUCAAGAUUCCCAACAAUUUACUUGACUCCGAAUGUAACGAGCAUAACUUGUCAAGGCAUGUCGAGUUACCUCCAACUAUUGGAUUGUCAAGAUGGGAAGUUGCCCAUUACCCUGAAAGAAAUUUAAACAAAAUUAAGGAUUUUUCGAUCAUGAACACGUCUAUGGGAUUUGGGGUUAUGGCUAGAUUUAUUGGUCGAAAGUCCACUUGGGAAGUUGAUUUCGGGAAAAUUGUAACUCCAAAGCAUAAGGACAAUGCCAAGUUGGUCAAUUCAAAGGGUGAUGAGUAUAUCAUUUUGAAGGAGUUAACGAAUUACAUUCGAGUGAUUCCAACUACAAAUAUUCCAACGGAAAAUGAGAGGUUAAUGAAGUUGGUUGAGAAUAGGUUGUUAUAUGACAACUUGGUGAAACGAGUAAAAGAUAAGAUUGACAUUGGAAACCAAUUGGAGAAAGCGUUGCAGUCAAAGACAAUACCUGACUUGUCACCCGAUCUCACUCAGGAAGAGAUUGAAGCGGCAAAAAUGAGUCAGUCGUAUCAACAUGCCGACUCAAUAAGAGACAUCAAGUCUAGUAUGAGGAAAUUGGAGUACUACGAAGUACACAUACAGUUGGUGAAGAGAUCAAUCACCGGACAUAAGAACCUGGGUGUUUUGCAAGUCAAAACUCCAAAACAAGAGUAUCGUGUGAAAUACAUACCCCCAUGCAGAUUCAGGGAGGAUUCAAUCAAAGAGUUGGAGAAGACGUGGAAAUUCGAUGUUCCAAUUGAUUUAACGACUAUAUUUCCAUCCAACGACAAAAUGAAUGCUCCGCCAACCAUUAAAACCAUCGAUGCUGAAUUAGUGGUGCACACUAUGAGAUCAAUGAAUGCUCCGAUAGCACUCGAAUUCAACCACGACUUGGUUUACAACAAGUAUCCUAAUAAUAGUAAGCGUGAUGUUGACUUGGACACAUUUAGCAAUAAUGUCGUCAGGCCAUUUAGAAAUUACUCAACAGAACUCUAUCAUUUGACCCAAAGGCUAGGGUUGCAAAAUUUCAGAAUUGAAAAACAAUUGGUCGAUGACUUAAAGUCAAUUUGCAAAAUUGAAGAAAAAUCAAAUAAUUUAGUCAUUGGUGAUGUAUUGGUUGACAAUGAGAAAUUUAAUUACAAGAAAAAUGGCAUUAAAUGGACAAUGGCAAAUAACGCAGCAACAUCCUCAAUUAAUUUGAAUGUCAAUCUCGGAGACCUAUCUUUGAAGGGUGUACCUAUAAGUACUGCUAUGGGUCCUUCGUAUGACAGAUUCAACUUGGUUCCUGAUUUUCAGUCUUGUUUCAUGACGCGAUCGUACCAUUUGAAGUUGACUUUCGAGUUAAGCAAUGGCGAGUGUGCUCGCAUUAAAGUACCAGUGAUCAUAGAGAAAGCAUGA